AUGACUGCCAUCAAGCCCACUCAGAAGGGCAGUGUGCUCGGGGUCAAGGCCAUUGCGGAGGAAAAUUGCAAAGCUGAGGAGAAGCAGGCAAUGAGGGUGGUGGGACUUGGUCCUGAAUCUCACAAGGCACUGGUGAAGAUUAGAGGAGAAGUUGCACCAGAGGUAGACUCUGGUGCUGCCUUAGACGAUGCCAUGAUGGAGAUCCAGGAGAUGGGAAGGGAGGACAACCAUCAGCGAGAGGAUAUAGCUCAGGAGGAUGAUUCAUUCGUGCAUGCAGUGCAGGAUAUCAUCGACUCUCAAUGGAAGGCUCACUGA